GGCUUAAUAUAUUAUGUCAGUGUUCUUCAGCUAAGUGCUUAAUUGACAGUGUGGUCGGAUAUUGACACACACAGUAUUAGAGAGCAAUUAUGAAUUUUAUUUUUUUAAUUAAUUCUAUUAACUAAAAAAUUCUAAUAAAAAAAUAUUUAUAAUUUUUCAAACUACAAAAGUAACCUAUAUUUUAAGAAAACCUCCAAGGUGUUUUUGUAAUUUACCCAAAUAAUAUUAAGUGACAUGACUUUUACAAAAGUAAAUGUUUUUCUUUCUAAAAUAUUCUAUAGAAUCAUUUUGUCAGAACGAGACGUUGGUGACAGUUUUAAAAUUAAAAAACAUUUUAAUAGAUUUUGUUAUAAUCUCAGGCGUAUUACAACCUUGGAGAUUUUGUCAACUACUCGCCUAGAGAGGACAACUAGUAUACGAGGAGAGGAAGUGAAGUUCUUUGUGAAUCAACUCAUGAAUAAUUGUGGUGGUGGUGAGUAUAGUAAGGUGAACUUGAAUUCCAAGUUUUUUGAGCUCUCAUUUAAUGUUAUGACCAUGAUGAUCAUGGGGAAGAGGUUCUAUGGAGAAAGCGUGGACAAUGUUGGGGAGGCCAAGCUCUUUCAGAAAUUGAUAAGAGAGCACUUUGAACUUGUCAAGAAAUCAAAUCCAGCAGACCUUUUUCCGGUUUUGCAGUGGGUGGAUUUGUUUGGGACAGCGAAGAAAAUGAUAGCCACGGCAGAGAGGAUGGACAAGUUUUUGCAGAAACUAGUUGAUGAGCAUAAAAAAACCAGUUCAUCAACAAAAGUGAAGACACUAAUCCACAAUUUGCUGUCUUUGCAAGAAACAGAACCUGGGUUCUAUACCAACAGCAUUAUAAAUGGGAUGAUAAUGGUAUUGCUAAUUGCUGGGAGUGAGACUUCAUCUACUACUUUGGAAUGGGCAAUGUCACUACUACUCAACCAUCCAGAUGCAAUGACAAAAGUUAAAGAAGAGAUUGAUGCUCACGUUGGACAGGAUCGCCUCAUAGAUGAACAAGAUUUACCCAAGCUAGAUUACCUAUCAAAUGUAGUGAAUGAAACACUUCGAUUAUAUGCACCCGUCCCACUUCUAUUGCCACAUGAAGCAUCUGAGGAUUGUACAGUGGGGGGUUAUGAUGUCCCACAAGGCACGACGUUAAUGGUAAAUGCAUUGGCCAUUCAUAGAGACCCCAAGCUAUGGGAAAAUCCAACAAAAUUCAUGCCUGAGAGGUUUCAAGCGGAGAGUGCUGGAGAUGGGUAUAGGCUGAUUCCAUUUGGCAGUGGAAGACGUGGUUGUCCCGGGGCUAGCCUAGCCAAAAGGAUGGUUGGGGUAGCACUAGGAGCCUUGAUUCAGUCAUUUGAAUGGAAGACAGUUAAUGAAGAGCAGCUGGAUAUGACUGAAAGUCCUGGCAUCACCAUGCCAAAGUUGAAGCCCUUGGAGGCCAUUUGUAAGCCGCAUCUAUCCAUGCGCAAACAUUGUGUUGUAUGAUGCCUUUUCAUUCUGUUCUGCUAUAGACAUAAAAAGAUUAAAUCACAAGAAAUUACAAUCUAGUUGGAAUUAUGGAAUGAUAGCUAUGAUACUUUUUGCACU